AUGAAAGAAACAAUCAUGAACCAGGAAAACCUCGCCGAACUGCAGGCACAAGUGCGCAUUGGUGGGAAAGGAACUGCUCGCAGAAAGAAGGUGAUUCAUAGAACAGCCGCAGCUGAUGAUAAAAAACUUCAGUUCUCCUUAAAGAAGUUAGGGGUAAACAGUAUCUCUGGUACUGAGGAGGUGAAUAUGUUUACAAACCAAGGAACAGUGAUCCACUUUCACAACCCUAAAGUUCAGGCAUAUCUGGCAGCAAACACGUUCACCAUUAUUACAGGCCAUGCUGAGACAAAGCAGAAGACAGAAAUGCUACCCAGCAUCCUAAACCAGCUUGGGGCAGACAGUCUGACUAGUUUAAGGAGACUGGCUGAAGCUCGGCCCAAACAAACUGUGGAUGGAAAAGCACCACGUGCUACUGGAGAGGAGGAGGAGGAUGAAGUUCCAGAUCUUGUGGAGAAUUUUGAUAAGGCUUCCAAGAAUGAGGCAAACUGA